UUAUGUUAAUUAAAAUUGAGCUCAUAAUUUUGUGUUUGUAUUAUGAGCAACUAUAAAAUUAUUUGUGUUAUAUAAUUGGUCUUUAAUUUUCUUGCAUAAUUUAGGAAACAGGAAAAAUGUCUGCUGCAGGUAAAAGAAGAGUUUUUGUCAUUGGAGUGGGAAUGACAAAAUUUGUAAAACCAGGCUCAACAGGUGCUGAUUAUCCAGAUUUUGCAAGAGAAGCUGUGACAAAAGCUUUGACCGAUGCCAAAAUCAGAUACGAUUCAGUGCAACAGGCUUGUGUUGGUUAUGUAUACGGGGAUUCAACGUGUGGUCAGCGAGCUUUGUAUGAAGUUGGAAUGUCUGGCAUACCUAUUUAUAAUGUAAAUAAUAAUUGUUCCACAGGAUCUACUGCUUUAUAUAUGGGAAAACAAUUAAUUGAGGGAGGUAUAUGUGAUUGUGCCCUUGCUCUAGGAUUCGAAAAGAUGGCACGAGGAUCCUUGACAUCUAAAUUUGAUGAUCGUACAAAUCCCAUGGAUAAGCAUGUUUUAGUUUUAUCAAACCGACAUGGGUUUGCUCCAGCUCCGGUUGCUGCUCAGUUCUUUGGCAGUGCUGGGAGGGAGCAUAUGGAAAUGUAUGGUACAAAACCUGAACAUUUUGCAAAAAUUGCAUACAAGAAUCAUAAGCAUUCGGUAAAAAAUCCAAAUUCUCAGUUUAGGGAUGAAUAUUCAUUGAAUCAGAUAUUAAAUUCACCUGUUGUUUAUGAACCUCUAACAAAGUUGCAAUGCUGUCCAACAUCUGAUGGUGCAGCUGCUGCAAUAUUAGCAAGUGAAGAUUUUGUCCAUGCUCAUGGACUUGAAGAUCAAGCUGUGGAAAUAGUUGGUAUGGAAAUGUCGACAGAUGUUCCUAGUGCAUUUAAAGAAAAUAGCAGCAUUAAGAUGAUAGGCUUUGAUAUGACAAAAAAUGCUGCAAAUAAGCUUUAUCAAAAAACUGGUAUCCAUCCAUCUGAUGUUGAUGUUGUUGAAUUGCAUGAUUGCUUUUCCACGAAUGAACUUAUUACAUAUGAAGCCUUAGGUUUGUGUGAUGUUGGAAAGGGAGCUGAAUUAGUUGACUCUGGAAACAACACAUAUGGAGGAAAGUAUGUUAUAAAUCCUAGUGGAGGAUUAAUAUCUAAAGGACAUCCUUUAGGAGCCACUGGCAUUGCUCAGUGCGCUGAACUUUGCUGGCAACUUCGAAAUGAAGCUGGAGAAAGGCAGGUACCAAAUGCCAAAUUAGCUCUUCAGCACAACAUUGGACUUGGUGGAGCAGUAGUAGUUGCUUUGUAUAGAUUGGGUUUUCGAAAAAAUUCUGUGCAAGCUCCUAGUGGGAGUUUAGAGCCACCCGCAGAUAUAUUUAAGUUGAAAUCUUCAAAAUUUUUUACUAAAGCACUUUCAUUGGUAAAAGAUGCAGAAAAUUCUUUGGGUAAAAAUAUAAAUGGAUCCAUAAAAUUUAAAGUUCAUGAUGAUAAUUCUGAUUAUGUAGCAGUUGGUAACAUUAUAAUAGACAAAGGCAAAAUUAAUAUAUCAUUUGACCCAAACUUGAAAACAGAUUGUAUCAUUACUUUGAACGAUAGUGUGUUAUAUGAUUUUUUAACAAAAAAAACCACAAUUGAGCAAGCAUUUUUUGCUGGAAAGGUAAAAUUGCAAGGAAAUGUUGGUUUUGUCACAAGAAUGAUGUCUAUAAAAAAUGUUCUUCUGUCUAAAUUGUAAAUUUUUUUUUCGUAAAAUGCAUAAUUUUAUUUGUUUUUAUUUACAUUCUAUCAAAUUACAAAAUAACUGUGCCUUUUUAAAUGUAGUUAAUUCAUCAUUUGUCUGUUCAGAACGAAAUGCUUUCUUUUUCAAGUGAUUUAUUUGAUUCCAAAUGUUUAAAAAAGCUUAUUAUAUUAAUAGAUUAUUAAAAUAUCAAAAACUGGUUAUGUAACAAAUUUUUGAAUCUGCAAUAUAAUGAAUCAUAUGAAUUUUAAUAAAAUUCCUAACAAAAUUCAGUUUUCCUUGAAGGAGACUGAUUAAGCAAUGAAAAGAAGAAAUGAUUUCUUUCUAUGACAAUUUAUUUUGAAUGGUUUGAGUUUUUUGAAAUGUUGCAGUUUUAUUCUUAGCAUAUCAAAAAUAUUGUACAUGUGUAAAAUGAGAUAAACUCCAUGUGCUAUCAUGAUUAAGCUCAAAUUAAACAUUAUAAAAUAACUUAUAUGUUAUUUACCAUUAUUCCAUAAAUAAUAUAUUUUAAAAAUUUUUGUUGUGCCAUUAAAGCUUUAUCAUAUAUACUUAAAAUGUGAGAAUUUUUUAUGCAGAUUGUGUUGCUUGAGAUGUUUUCAGGAAAUAGUAAUAUCAAUUUUCUGGAAAUGCAGAAAAAAAGCAAAUAUAACUAAUAUUCUAGUCUUGACUUCUACUUUAACUAUUUUGUAAAUGAAUGGUUACUUAUGAUACCAAUGAAAAGUACAAGUAUAAAUUCCUUUAAUGUUUCAAUGUUAAUGAUCAAUGUUAAGAUUUACACUAGUCAGUAAUUGUAACAUAUAAAAAUAUGAAAUAAAAGAAGUUUUAUAGUUUU